UUUGUGUUUCCUCCCACAUCCCAAAGAUGUGUGGCUUGCUAGGUUAUCUGGCUGCUGAAAAUUGUGCUUAGUGUGUAGGUUGGUGACCGGUACUGAAGCAAGUGGAAGUGAUGGAGACCGUAACCUUUUCUCCACCGCUGUACAAACAGCGACACCAGAUGGUUGUCAAAUUGGUGGAGAAAUGUAAAGCACAGAAGGUGGCAGAUUUGGGAUGUGCACGGUGCACACUGCUGUCCCGCUUAAAGUUCUGCCGUUUCAUCGAAGUUCUUGUUGGAGUGGACACAGACUUGGAACUUCUGAAAGACAACAUGUAUCGCCUCUCUCCCUUGCCCUGUGACUACCUCCAGCCCCGGCCCUCCCCACUGACGGUGAGACUGUACCAGGGCUCUGUCGCUGUGAAGGACCCCCGCAUGCUGGAUUGUGACUUUGUCUCCUGCAUUGAAUUAAUAGAGCACUUGGAUACAGCCGAUCUGGUGAAAUUUCCUGAAGUGUUGUUUGGUUAUAUGAACCCAGCAGUGGUGGUAAUAACAACUCCCAACGCUGACUUCAACCCCUUGCUCCCAGGGAUAGUUCAAUUCAGACACUGCGACCACAAGUUUGAGUGGAGCAGGUCGGAAUUUCAGGCUUGGUGUCUGAACAUUGGCCGUAAAUACGACUACUCGGUGGAGUUCACUGGUGUGGGCGAAGGUCCUGAGGGGAAAGAAACUCUGGGAUUCUGUACGCAGAUAUCGAUCUUCCGGAGAGAGCACAUCAGGACACCUGAAACUGAGGUGAAGAACUCUGAGUCACCGUACAACCUGGUUUAUGAGGUUGUUUACCCAAGUCUGAGCGACCGGAAAAUCUUGCACAAUGCUGUCUUGAAUGAGGUGAUCUUCGCCGCAGAAUGUGUGAGACGACAGUUCAUAGACAGUGACGCAGGCAGGCAGAGUGAGUGGAGGACGUGGGGAGCUGACAGCAGGGAGUGUGCACAGGAUCGGUUUAGCCCUGAGGUCAGCAGAAUCGGUGGCCAACUUCACAUCCCCUUGCACACCUUCUUCACCAACCCCAGAGUCCGGCAGCUCAGUGGCUCCCUCCAGCAGCUGCAGGAGAUACUACAGGCAUCUGACCGAGUGAAGCUCAGUCACUCUGGUUCCUUGGUCUUAUACCCAGCCGGGGCUGAGAACAGCGACAACUGAUUGGUGGAAGGAGCCCGAAACAUCACUGAAGUAGAUCCUCAAGUCAGACUGCACAAUCUUUGCUCACUCGACAAAGUCACUGGGCAAGAAUGGGGAAUAAAGGAACUGGGGGAGCCUCACCAACUCUCACUGAUGGCGUGGUUUCCUGUUUUCUGUGGGGACGGGUGUGUUGUCAGAGUCUUGCUCUGGCAGAGCCAUUCAUUCCAUGGGCUGUUUUAUCUGAAGACUGAUGGACCACUUAUAGUAGGUGAACCAAUGCCACAGCAUUAAUGGCGGUAGACUCUAGAUAAUACAGGAGGCCAUCAAGGAUACUUUAA